AUGGAUCAACCAAUCGUAAGUCCAAGAAAUGUCACAGAAGGACAUGACGUAUCUAAUUUGAUUACUUUUCGAUAUUCAACAGAUUAAUAUUGUACAUCAUUUAUGAUUAAAAUGCAGUAUUGCCAACAUUAAGAAAUGAGGGAAUAAAUAUUAUGAGAUAAAAAAUAUAAGAUUCUGAUAGUAAAGCUAUACUGGAUGCUGGUUAAAAUAACGAAGAAGAAGAACCAUCAAUAAGCUCAUCAGAAUCUGAGUAAAGUAUCAGUAAGAAGGGAUCUGAAACAAUGAAAUUAGGAUCUUAAAGUAAAGUUGAACAUGCUGAAAGAUAGUAUAAAACUGAAGAAUUGUUACCUGUGGAUGGAGGAUGGACAAAUAUCAUUUGGAAAAGGGGAUCGUUAAGAAUUAUGACAUAUGUAGUCAGAUUUGUGAUAUCUAUUCUAAUAAACUCAGAAAAAUCUAAGUUCUCAUUUAUGAAUCGUAAACAAUUUAGUGCCAUUAAUGACAUAACAAGCAUUUAUCAAUUUUACGAAGAAAAUAAACUUAUAAGAUAGAGGAUUAAAAAGAAAUUCAAAGUAAAUUUAUGACUUAAAUUUAUAGCAAAUUCUUAAAUAAUACAUUUAAAAAAAUAUGUGUUACAAAGUCUUAAGAAAUGGAUUCGAAACUCUAGUAAAUAAAUGUCUUUUUGUGAUAGAUCCAUCAAGCACUGUUAAAAUACUAUGGGAUUUUUUUAUGUUAUUUGUGCUAUCAUGGUAAAUGGUCUUUGUUCCUUUGAAAAUUUGUUUUUUUAUUCAAAUCCAUGAUCCAAUUUUGAAUUUCAUUUUAAAUUACUUACCUGUUUAUGUAUAUCUCAUGGAAAUUGCUCUGACAUUUCUCACAGGCUAUUAUGAACAUGGAGUCUUGAUUAUGGAUUAAAAAUAGGUUGCAAAACACUAUUUUUAAAAAUCAUUCCUUUAUGAUUUAUUAAAUUUAUUGCCAUUAUUGGUAAGUGCAUAUUAUGUUUAAUCUAAUUGGUUAGAAUUUUCAGUUUUGAUUAAAAUUAAGACGUUAAAGUUUUUAUCUGAUUAAAUGGAAGAAGUAUUUGGAUUGAGAACUAAUUAUUAAACUUUAAUAGAUGUUUUAAGAUUGAUGAUUUAAUUUAUAUUUUUAUCUCAUUUUUUUGGUUGUUUAUGGCAUUACUUAGGAAUUCUCUAAGAAGAUUAUGGGUAAGAUGUACUUAAGUAAUUUUAGAAUUAAGAAUACAUGGAUAAAUGCAUAGGAAUUGGGAGAUGUGAGUUGGUAGAUAAGAUAUAUCAACUCUAUUUAUUGGAGUUCAAUUACAACAUUAACUAUUGGAUAUGGGGAUAUUACUCCAUAGAGUAGUGUAGAAAAGAUAUUUACAGUAGGAGUGGCUGUUUUUAGUAGUGUUGUAUUUGCAUACACAAUUUCGAGCAUUGGGUAAAUAUUCAGUCAAUUAAAUGAAAAUAAAAAGAAUCAGAGAUAUAAAAUGAAUUUAGUUUAAUAGUUCAUUGGUUAAAGAGGAGUAAACAAGUAAUUACAAAAUAAAGUCAAGAAAUUCUUUGAGUAUUUUAUUCAGAUCGAUCAUUCAUAAGACAGUGAAUGUGAAUUAUUAUUGAAUUCUUUAGAACCAUCCCUAAAGAAUGAAUUGAAAAUAGACAUUUAUAAAAAAUACAUAUUGAAAUCAAAACUCUUUAAGUCUACAUUUUCGGCAGAGUAUGUUAUUAAUUUUAAGAUUAGUUUCUUAGAUAGUCUUUGCUAAUUAGUUUAAGAAAGAUAAUAUACACCAGAUGAACAGAUUUGUGCAGCAGAUUGUGAAGUUGAAGAUUUGUGUUUUAUUUUGAAGGGAGAAAUCUCUUUGUAAAUUUAAUUGAAUAAUUGUAAUUAAACAAUAAAAUUCAUUAUGUAGAAUCUGGUAAAACACAUUAAAUAAGUCUCUUAAAAAAAAAUCAUAUCUUAGGAGAAAGAUUCUUUAUAACUGGUGAUAAAUUGCCUUAUGCAGGAAAAGCUAUUUCAGCUGUACGGGUCGCCUUUAUAACUAAAAACUAAUUCUUAAACCUUUUGAAAUAGUACCCGUAAGAAUUAGAGAAAUUCUUGGAAGCUAAAAAUAAAGUUAUUUUAAAAGAGAGAGUUAAAGUAUAAGGUUGUGAGUUAUGCUAUUAAAAUCACUAAGUGUUAUAAUGUCCAUUUGUGUUUUAUUAUCCAAAUGUUAGAGUAAUUGUAAAAAGAUAAGAAAAUAUAACAUAGAAUAGAUAGUUUAAAUAGAGAUCUUUUAUAAAAAGUCAUGUAAAUUAAUAAAUUAUUUAGAAAUCACUUCAAGAUAGAGGAGGCAUUUAAUAUUAAUUAAUAUCUUAUGCUUUAGAUAAGAAUUUAUUGCAUGAAGAAUCACUUGAUGAAUCUCUAAUAAAAAAUAUGGAUUUAUAGUUUAUUGAACCAACAAAAAAAUAAUUAAUUAAAAUUCAUACGGACAAUUCUGCUGAUUAAUACUAAUAAGAUUAGCUUCAUCUUUUAUAAAAUUAAACCCCAAUGCUUCCUAGCUGUGAAUAAUUUAGUGAAGACAGUGAAUUUGGAACAAGUAAAACAAACAAAACUUCAAGUAAUGGAUUAUAAAAACUAAUUACUGUAAGGUAAAUCACAUAAAAUUAAUAAAACUAAUAAAAUUAACCAAAAAAAAUAGAUAAACUUAAAUAGAUGAGUUUUAAAAUAAAAAAAAAUGAAUUUAAACCGCCUGAAAUUGUAGAAUUACAAAAAAUUGAAGAAAUUUAAUCUUUUGAAUCACCUUAAUGUUCUGCCCAAAAAUAGAAUCAACAACAUAAGUUUUUUCAUUUUAAUGAAAAUAUUAUAACAAGAGAAUUAGAGAUUAAGAGAAUAUUAUGGGAAGAAUAUGUGUAAUCAUAAAUAAUUGAAGAUAAAGAGAGAUUCGAUUAAUAAAAAGAUUAUUAAUUGUUUUAUCCAAAUUGUAAUUUAGAUAAAGUGUUAGAUUUAAUAAAUAUUAAAGUUAAUUAAAGAAAAAAAUAAUAAUAAAAAUCGAGACUGACUACAUUAGGUAAGAAUCGUUUGGGUUAAUUAUAAAACAUAUCUGUAAGGCCUAGAAAAAGCAUGAUAACAAUAGAAUAAGUCUUUUCAUAAGAAGAAGAUAAAUAGAAAAGCCUAAAACUAUGA